UUAUUGUGGGUUUAAUAAAUGAACUUUUGAAGCGAUUCAAACGUGCUUCAAUUGAAGAAACAAUGUUCAAUAUCUGUGAAAGGCUUGAAAAUUUAAAAAAUGAAUGGAAAGAUUCAUUUGAUAAACCCGUUGCAGCAUUAUUAUCUUCUGAUCCACUUGCAACAGAUAAAGAACAGCGUAAAUACUUUUUCAUGGUUUUGGAUAGAGAAAUCGAUCGCAUGAAUGGCAUGUUACGUAAGCCAAAAAAUAAUUUACUUGACAUUAAAAAAGCUUCACCUGCGGAAGAUUAUAAACAAGUUGCGCGCAAUGCCGAUCUAAAAAGAACUUAUGAUCCUCCAGGUGAACUUUCGGUUCACGGGUCACGCCACAGUAACGAUUUUGCGGAAAUAUCUGAAAUUUCCAUUAUCCCUACUACAGAUGAAAUUUUAUGUAGGCGAGAACCAUAUUUGCCCGUUAUAAGUGGAGAUGAUGAUUUACAUCAUCUUCCUAAAGGUGCUGCUCGUUUAUUAGAUAGGCAAUUUCGAUUGUUAAGAGAAGAAAUGUUGAACGCAUUUCGAACAA